CAUUUUUCCUCUCAUUUUCUUUUUUCUCUUUUCUUCUCUUUCCUUCCAUUUUUUCUCUCAAACAAACAUAGUGUAAGAAAAAGACGAGUUCUUUUGGUUCUCUUUUCUGCAUCUAGUGCUUUCGCAAGGUAUUAUAGUGGCGAAAGAUUGGAACGGCAGCUGAAAGCGUCUUCGCAGGUAUCGACACCUUCGUUCACUGACAAGUGACAGACCACAGUUAAGUUCUGAAGCUUCAUUAUUGUAUGCUGUGAUUAUUCAAAUGGUUUCUUUUGGAAGUUGUAGUAUUUAUAGAAGAACAUAACCAUUUUCUUAUGGGUUCAAUUCUCAAAUUUCGUAACAUAUAUGGUUCCUUUAAAUGCUUUCAUUCUAAACCUAAUUGGGGUUCCGGUGCUUCAGAUAAAACCCCCCAAAUUGAAACCAAAUAGGAAUAACAAUAGGAUAGAAAUUUUUUGGGACUUAAAUAACAAGCCACCAAACCCAAUUCCACCUUAUGAAGUUGCCAAUAAGUUUAGAACUUUUGCAUCUUCAUUUGGGGUUGUUAGGCAUAUGGUAGCUUAUGCAAAUAGCCACGCUUUCACCAGUGUCCCACACGCUGUCCGGAAGAGGAGGAAAGAGAAGGAGUUGUAUAAUCGAUUGGAGAGCAAGGGCGUCAGCAAGAGAAAUGAGCCUCAUGUAUGCAGGGUUUGUGGGAGAAAGUUUUACACUAAUGAGAAGCUUGUUAACCACUUCAAGCAGCUACAUGAGAGCGAGCAAAUGAAAAGGGUGAACCAGAUAGCAUCGGCAAGGGGGAACCGAAGGGUGAAGUUGGUGGCAAAGUAUUCGAUGAAGAUGGAGAAGUAUAAGAAGGCUGCAAGGGAUAUUCUUACUCCAAGAGUGGGGUAUGGUUUGGUGGAUGAGCUGAAACGCACAGGAUUUUGGGUUCAGUCCGUGUUGGAUAAGCCACAAGCUGCGGAUCAUGCAUUGGAAAGUCACAUGGUGGAUAUGAUGGAUCAUAAGUGGGUUGAAUGCAUAGUACUUGUGUCGGAUGCUUAUGAUUUCACUAAUGUAAUAAGGGAAGCGAAGCUACGAUGUCUAAAGACAGUUGUCAUCGGGGAUAAUAGCGAUGGUGUAUUGAAGAGGAUUGCUGAUACCUCCUUUUCUUGGGAGGAAAUUCUAAUGGGAAAAACUAGAAAGGAGGCUGUAUCGGUUGUUGAGAACUGGAAGGAUCAUGAUAUUUUGAAAAGGUUAGAGUGGAAAUACAACCUAGAGGUGGAUAAAAGGAAAUAUAAUCCGGCUAAUGUGGUUAUUGAAGAAUCAGAAGAUGAUAAUAUUGAAGGUGUUUGUGAUGAUGUUGAUGAUGACUAUAAGGAUGAUGGAGGUUCUUGGUGGGAGUUAGAUUCUAAUGAAAAUGUCACAAAUGAACAGACAUGAAAAUCAUAAUUGAAAAUGAGGUACUGCAUGGUGCUUUUUGCAGGCAUUGCAGCUGAAGCUCUUGUUUAUGGUGAGGCAGAGGGGGGAGAAAAUGAUGAAAAUCUAUUCAGAAAUAUCUGUCUUCUUUUGGAGCCCCCAUUAUCUUUAACUGAGGUAUCUCCACAGUGCACAAUCGACGCCCUUGUUCUGAUGUCUUAUCAUUUGCCCAAGUGGCACAGAGCUGCGCACCGAGCUGCCAUUAAAGUGUUAGAAAGUGGUGCUAGUCUGAGUAUAGUAGUUAGGAGGAUUGAGGAAACUUUGUGUUGCAAGAAAUGAUCCUCACAAGUUCAGAAUUACAGACAAAAGUAUUUUGUGUAUUCAACUUACUUACAGGGCCAACAUCUCUUCUCGUUGUACAAGUAUUCAUUCACAAUGGCUUUAUUUUAGUCUUAUAAGUACUUUGCUUUGUUUAUUUUCCAGUACAGGGUUGUUGCAGCUGAUCUGAAGAGCAACUAGUUUUAUUGGUCUCUUUGUUUGACCUUAUAUAGGAUGAAAGAGUGCCAUGCUACAAACAAAUGAAGAAUUUUAGCUUCAGCAAGUGACCUCUUUGUUCACUUCAGUGUUCACAUUGAGACAUGAGCCAUUCCAGAAGUUGCACCUGCUUGGCUAAAUAAUACUUGGAACAAUAUUUGAUACAUACAGAGAAGUAGCCAAUAAUUUGGAGCAGUGCUUAAGGUUUAUUUUAUUUCACCAGCAAUAUUGGCCGCGGUUGAAAUCAAUCACAGUUGCUAAAUGUUGGGUUAAGGGGCUUUGAAGUCUUAGGAUGAAGUUCAGAAAUUAGAAUUGAGAUGGAUGGCAUGGCAACAAACACUGCAAGUUGUGUAUUGAAGUCAUUGAAACAAAAUAACUUUCUAUUGCAAACAAUCUGUAAUUCCCAUCUUGUCAUAUUGAUAUGGAGUUUAUAUAUUAUAUUUAAGCUAGACAAAUUGGUUAUGUUCAAACCUAAACUCUCUAGAAACUGAGCUAGAUUAAUCUUUUUUAUUUUUAUGUUGGCCUACAUUCCCUCCCAAAAAUACAUUA